AUGAUUGUCGAUUAUAGUGAUAGCGAUCCAGAACCAGAAUUUUAAAAGAAAAGAGUAGAAGAAAGCGCAAAUAGCAAAAGUUUUGCUAUUGCAGUAAAUGUUAAACCUGAUGUAAAUACUUCAAAGUUGGAGUAAGAAAGGGAAGAGAAUAGAUUAAGGUAGUUAAAUUAGAUUUACAAUAGCGGAAAUAGUGAAUAAAAUAAAAAAAACAAUCAUUUAACUGGCAAAGUAGAGAGCUACAAUAUGCAUAGUUUUAGUUUUGACUAGCAAUUUUAUAAUUUCAAGAAUAGAGGCUAUGCAUAUGAUCCUUAGUUAGAUGAAAAUAGAAUAGUUGUAAAUGAUGCUAAAUUCCCAGAGCUUGCUUAAGUUAUUCAUUAUGGAGGAAAUGUCGAUCCUAAUAUGCUUGAUACAUAGGGAGCAUUUAUCUCACAAAGUAAUGAAGAAAAAUAAAAACAAAAGUAAUUAAAAGCCUUGAGAGAAAAAACAGGUGCUGUUACUGAUGGUACUUAUGCCGGUCCUUGGGCAAAUUAUCAAGGAGAAAAUAUAAAACCAAAAGAAUUAACUCAAGAAGAGAAAUUAGAACUAGAAAAAAAGAAAAUUGAAGAAUAGGAAGAAGCUAAGAUUAAAAAAGAAAAGAAAAGAAAGUAAAAACUAAAAGAAAAGGGCUUUGAAAUAGAUGAUGAUGAAGAUUAAGAAAAUGAAGGAAAAAAAGCUAAAGAUAAAGAAGGAAACGAAGAGUAAGAAUAAAAAUAAUUAGAAGGUGAAGGUUAACCUGAAGAAGCUAAAAAAUAAAAAGAAAAAAGCGAAGUAACAACGUCUAUUUUUCACGAUGCUGUACCUUACUUUGAUUAUAAAGGUAGAAGCUACAUAUAACCUCCUAUUGAUUUAAAACCUAGAGAGCAUGUAUGCUACAUACCUAAAAAGUAAGUUCACUGCUGGUCAGGUCAUGAAAAGGGAGUUUAAGCUAUUAGAUUUUUCCCUAAAUUUGGUCAUUAUUUGUUAUCAGCAUCUCUUGAUACCACAGUAAAAUUAUGGGAUGUAAUGGGUAAUAAGAAAUGUGUAAGAACAUAUAUGGGACAUAAAUAAGCUGUUAGAGAUAUUGAGUUUACUAAUGAUGGAAGACAUUUCCUCUCUUGUUCUUAUGAUAAAAAUGUAUUAUAUUGGGAUACUGAGACUGGUAAAAUUGUAAGAACUUUCAAUAUUAAGAAGUACCCAUACCAGGCAAGAUUUAACCCAGACGAGGGUAAAUAAAGCUCAUUUAUUCUUGCUUCUUCCAAUAAAAAAGUGUUACAAUACGAUGUUAGAUCUGGAGCAAGAACAUAAGUUUAUGAUGAGCAUUUAGGUGCAGUUAACACAGUUACUUUUGUUGACUAUGGUAGAAAAUUUGUUUCUACUUCUGAUGAUAAAAAAAUAUUCUUGUGGGGCUUUGGUAUAGGUGUCGUCGAAAAGCAUAUUGCAGAACCAGAUAUGACAGCUGUUGCAAACACAAACAUUCAUCCUACAGAAAAGUUCUUUGCAGGCCAAUGCUCAGAUAAUAAAAUUUAAAUUUAUGAUACUAAAGGAGGUAACUUUAGACUUAACAAGAAAAAAUUAUUUAAAGAACACGUUUCUUCUGGUUAUGCAAUUGGUUUAGAUUUCUCUCCAGAUGGGUAAUUCCUAUGUUCUGGAGAUGCUGAAGGUAGGGCAUAUUUCUGGGAUUGGAAAAGUGGAAAGAAUUAUAAAGUAAUAUAGGCUCAUGACUAAGUCUGUAUUGAUAUAAGAUGGCAUCCUAUAGAAACAUCUAAAGUAGCUACAUGUGGAUGGGAUGGUCUCAUUAAAUAUUGGGAUUGA